AUGGAGGAGCUGAGCAGCGUGGGAGAGCAGGUCUUCGCCGCCGAGUGCAUCCUCAGCAAGCGACUCCGCAAGGGCAAGGUGGAGUAUUUGGUGAAGUGGCGAGGCUGGUCUUCCAAGCACAACAGCUGGGAACCUGAAGAGAACAUUCUUGAUCCCAGACUUCUGCUGGCCUUUCAGAAGAAAGAACAUGAGAAAGAGGUCCAAAAUCGGAAGAAAGGCAAGAGACCAAGAGGCAGGCCCAGGAAAAAUAUUAGUUGCCUCACUCUUUGUUCUUUAACUUUGUUUUCAAAGGAACCUGAGGUGCCACCAAAGAGCAAAUCCAGCAGUUCCUCUUCAUCAACCACCUCUUCAUCUUCCUCUUCAGAGGAAGAGGAUGAAAGUGACAUUGAUACAAAGCGAGGCCAACGGAGUAGAGAGUGUCACCCUGUGCCACAAAAGAAAGCUCAGAUUCUGGUUGCCAAACCUGACAACAAGGAUGCUAUGAGGAAGAAGCGUGGACGGAAACCAAUACCUCCAGAGCAGAAGGUGGUGAAGAGGACCAUCAACCUAACAAAAGUGCUGAAAACUAAUCGGAAAGAGAUGGGGGGAGCAGGAGGUCCCAAGCUGAUGGGCAAGAUACAACCACAACACAGUGCUCAGAGUUCUGGCAUUGCCAUGCUUAAAUCCCACAUGAAGGAAGCCCAGGGUGCAUUCGGUGGGUUUUGCUCUGGAGCAUCUUCUGCUGACAACCUUUCUAAUAUUGUGAAAGGUAACUCACCUGGAAGCCCAAACUGUGGCAUCAGUUGGCAGAGCUCCAUUGUACAUUAUAUGAGCAGAAUGUCACAGAACCAGAGCUCGACAGAUGCUUCAGCUGUAGGAAGGCUGACACUCAAGUCAGCUGUGUCCUGCAAGAGUGGCAUAGGACUGGAUUUAAAACUGAAAAACCAGAAAAGUGCUGGGGAUCUGGAGUUGACUGUACAAGGGUCCAAAGUGACCAAGAGACCUAGUGGCAGUGCAUUGGGGGAACAGAAAACAGGGUUUGGUGCUGGUGCUCAGAAUUUGCACAAUGGUAACAAGGUUCCUGUCAGUUCGCCCAGCAGCCAUCUAGCUUCCAAUCAGGAGCUCAACCUCCAAGCUUUAAAUCUACAGAGUGUGAAAAACGGACCAAAUUCCACUGGCGGGAGUAUCCUUCCACGGCCUGCUUGUGGGUCAGUGGCCAAUAGUGCUGGCAGCACUGUAGCUGUGAGCACAGCUUUGCCCAAGAGCAGCGGGCCAGCCAUUGGACCAAACACUGCAAAUUCAGAUACAGAUGCUCACAAAAGUGAGAAGCCAGCACAAAGAACAGCUACCAGUGAGAAAGAUCUGACAACAAAAAGCACUGCCACAAGUGCACAGGAGGGAUGUACCGCAGCAGAAAAUCACAAAACAUCAACCCUGUCAGAAAUGAGCACUGGAGAAGAGGAAACUAGCUCCGAUUCAGACAGAGAUUCUGCUUCUUUCCCUGGAGCAGGCCAGAAUAUGUCUGUCUCCAUCCAGACUAGCCAGGAUUGGAAGCCCACUCGCAGUCUCAUUGAACAUGUCUUUGUCACAGAUGUGACAGCUAACCUGAUCACAGUGACAGUCAAGGAGUCCCCAACCAGUGUUGGCUUUUUUAAUCUUCGACAUUACUGA